GUCCUCAACUGCCGAGAGUCCUCAGCAUUGAGUGAGAACAUUUCAACUGAGGAGAAGUUUGGGCGAACGUACCCAGCCGCAUCGCUGCCCACUCACCAAUACAGUGGCGGGCUACUGUAUCAGCGUUUUGGCUCUUUUUGACUUUUAGGCACGCAGGCUUGACUAUGGAGGUAGACCGGGUAUUUUUGUGCGUGCUGUCCGUGUUUGUUGCUCUAGUCUCGGAGAGGUUUGUGGUGCUGGCUGCCUUCUCUCAGUCUCUGGACAGCGACUUCACAUUCACUCUACCCGCCGGUCGAAAGGAGUGUUUCUACCAGACGAUGAAGAAAGACGCCUCACUGGAGAUUGAAUAUCAGGUAUUAGACGGUGCAGGUCUUGAUGUAGAUUUCUUCAUCUCCUCUCCCUCUGGCCAAGUGCUGUUCAGUGACUACCACAAGUCAGACGGGGUGCACACUGUUGAAACUGAGGAUGGAGACUACAUGUUCUGCUUCGACAACACAUUCAGUGCUGUCUCUGAGAAGAUCAUCUUCUUUGAGUUGAUCCUGGACAACAUGGAUACCGAUGAAGACCCAGAUGACUGGAAGGAGUAUGUUCAUGGAACAGACAUGCUGGACAUGAAGCUGGAAGACAUUAUGGACACCAUCAACAGUGUGAAGGCCCGGCUGGGCAAAAGUGUACAGAUCCAGACGGUGCUGCGGGCGUUUGAGGCUCGUGACAGAAACCUCCAGGAGAGUAACUUUGACAGGGUGAACUUUUGGUCGGUGAUUAAUCUCAUUGUUAUGCUGUUGGUAUCAGCGGUUCAGGUGUACCUAGUCCGCUCCCUGUUUGAAGAUAAAAGGAAAAUUCGUACAUAACGCAACCCCAAAUGGCGGGAGAAAGAGAGAAACUAACGCACUUGCCCACAGAUACCUUUGGGAUUUUUUUAAGCUGAUCUCCCGGCUUGUGACUCUUAUCACAAGAGGUUGUCUAUAUACAUACAUAUGCAUGCACACAAAGACAUAUUGUCAUUCCUUAUAAAAAAUUUGACACAACUGUUGCUCUGGUCUUCAGUCCACUGGAGUUUGAGGGACAGUAGGAGUCCCUGGUUUGGAGCAGGAACUUAUAACUGUGAGCCCAUCUACUUUGUAACCUCAGUCUCCUUACGACAGGAAAGUCUCUUUGUCUCUCUUUAAAAUUUGUAUAUUGUUUUAUAGUCCUUCUUCGUUGCUGUAAAUCUUCAAAGAAAGUGACAAAACCGGCACGUUUAUGAUGUGACUAUUUUUCUAACAGAGCCUAAAGUUAUAAGGUCAGUGGCCAAUUGCAAAAAUGUCCUUUUUUCUCUGGACAUGUUUUUAUCUGAGUGUUAAGUUGAACUAAAUGAAGAAAGGGUAUGGUGUCUGAAGAAUUUGAUUUAUUUCUGCCAAACAGGAGUGGAAAGUGCAACCAGUCUGUCAGCAUGUCUUCCCAUACAUUAGCUACUCUCAAAAUGUACCUUUUGUAUUUCAAUAAGAUGCCUUAGUAGUUUGUAUUUCGCUGCCAGCCUUUUGCCAGUCUGUGAGGCCUUUGAAUAUUUCUCCCAUUGUCAUGAACAUUUAUGUUGUCUAACAGAAAAUCAGUCACACUUUACCUUUUGUGCCAGUACUGAAAAGACAGGUCUUUAGGUAGGGUUACUUUGCUAAUGCUACUCUUUGGCACCCAUCGGACCAUGUAGUAGGAAAAACAGAAAUGGGCCACCUCCAAAUCUCUACCCGACCCUAAGACUUCUGCCCUGCUGUCCUCUGCCAUGACUUGUGGACUUGUGGCCUAAAUGGCUGCCAGCUCCGCUACCCUCCGCUGUGAAGCCUCAUGGCUGCUGGCGGGUAUCUGCUUACAGCCACCUACUGCGUGAAGGCGUUGAGCCUGCCUGUCUCUGUGGUGACAGAAGUCUAUUUCUAUCUUACUGGCAUCUGCAAGGUCAUUACCACUACAACAUGGGUGCAGUGCUCAGUUAUUAUGCACAAGCCAGUCACUGCCUUGGCUACAUCAGCAUUCAUUUUGAAUGCUACGGUCUGUGUAUUUAAUCUGACAUUCACUUUUUAUUAGCCAACAUUACAGACUAACAUCCGAUCAUUGCACUGUCGCUGAUGCCACAGAACAACAUAUUUCUUUUUUGUUUUCAUAUUCUUAGAACAUAAUUUAAGUUUGGGCCCAGCAUCGGGGCCCAGCAGAAACGGGUCCAUAACUUGUCCUGAUAUGUGGCUGAAAGAGCACUGUUCAAGAGGUUUUUAUCUCAGUGGUUGGUUGUAUACUAUUAAGAUGCUAUGGUGACCUGCGAUUACGGUAGCUGAGAGUAUUUCUUUUGGUAUUUACUGAGCUACACAGUUGAAACCAGGUUGCUAUUUUAACAGCCCUAUGUUGAACGUGCCGUAAAACUGAACUUUGAGCAGUCUUAAUUGUUUUAAAAUGAAAGGGUUUUGCCAUACAGUAUGUGUGUAUAUCACAGUGAGUAUUGAGGGUGCCUGCAAUAACACACAGGAUGUGUGGCUGUAAGAAAUGGUCAUCCUCUGCCUCAAUUUCACUGUUUAUUAUCCUCUUUGCCCAACUGAACUCACUGUGGUAUCCAGUGUUUAAUUGAAGUACUGAAUGUUGAUGGAUUCGUUAUAUAAAGUUACAGUUGAAACUGGUUUCUGUUUCAUUUUAAAGUGCUUUAGAGUUCUACAAAAAUAAAAGACUGUUAAUCUAUUAAAGACUAACAUUUUGAUGAAUAUGUGUUUAUGUUACUGGAUAGGAGAAUGUUAAAAAUUAUUUUCAAAGACAGUUUGGCUGUUGUAUCAGUAACUUUACUACCCUCAUGGAGCUGUGGGGAAGAGUGAAUGUGACGUUAAAUGGUAUUUAUUCAACUAAUGAUCUCGAGUUGUAAAUGUGUAAAUUAAACAAUCAUGCAUUUUUCUGA